AUGUCAUCUCAAUCGAGACUUGUAGAUCAGCGAGCAAUCGUAAGGCAACUUUGGACAAUAAAAGUUCAUGAACCAAAAAAAAUAGCUGCAAUAACUCAUAUACUACUUUCUACUGUCUAUCGCUAUGUAACCAAACUCAAAAAAACUGGAACUUUGUCUCCUCAUGGUCAUUCUGGUCGACCAAAAAUUAUCUCUAUAAAGCAAUGUCAUCAGCUUGAUCAGAUUGUAAAACAUCAAGCUAAUGUUACCUCUGCCGAACUUGCAGCCCGUCUUAAUAAAACUAGUCAUGGAUUGAAGAUCUUAAUUAUAAGAUUGGGCACUUCGUCAUAUUAA